CUAAGAAGAAUUUAAGGUUAUCGUAAUCUUUUUGGGAUGUUGACGUACUGUGAGGGGACAUAUUCGAAAGCGUUACAUGUCAUUGUAUAUCAUAUCAUUGUAAUAGCAUCGCAAUAAUGAUUUCUUGCUUAUCGGGAAUAAAUAUCAACAUUCGGCGCAAAACAUCUCUUUCUGAUUUGUUAUCCUUUAACAAUUGGCAUCAACCUGUCAUCCGUGAUGUAAUUUUUAUUUAAGGAAUUUUUUAUUUUGCAAAAAUUAACAAAAUCCUCCUAAGCAAGAUUUCCAUUCGCUUAAAUUUUUCGUUUUUAAAUUAAUUUCUAUAAUUUCAUAAAAAUCAAGCUAAAUUUCAUUUGAAUCAGCUGUUAGAAAGAGAAAGCGCGCAAACCUAGCCCAACCUAAUGUUAAUUUACAACGACGUCAACCGCAUGGUGAUAUGCGUUAGCAAAUUAAAGGACGUUAAUUUGUCUUCUACGAUAAAAUGGAUGCCGAGAAUACGACAAAAAUCAAACUUAGACAACCUAGGAAACGGAAAAGUGAAAAGCAAAAAACCGAUGAUGCUGAUAUCAACAACUAUUGCAAAAAGAAUAAGACUUUCCAAGAAAGUAUUGUACAACAGAAACAAACAAGAAGAAAGAAGACAAAAUUUAUUGCACAGGAAAUUGGAGAUUCGGAAAAGCUAAUGAAAGUAAAAGUCAGCGAUGCUACUAUUAAUGAAGAUAUCCUGAAGGAAGAUAUCGAUGAGAACAUAAAAAUUUCGAAAAAACCAUCUAAAAGAGAAUUGAAGAAAGAAAAGGCUUUACAAAGGGAAGCUCAAAAGAGACACGUCAGUAGAAUAAUUGCCAUGCAGAGGGCAUUGAAUUAUGUAUCUAAGUGGAAACAUUCCAGGAGUGAAUGGAAAUUCGAAAAGAUUAGGCAGAUUUGGCUGAUAGACAACUUAUUGGAUGAAAAUUCUAUACCUGAUACAAUUUUCCCUGUUGUUUUGGAAUAUUUCGAAGGUUGCAAAGGAAUGGCACGGGAAGUGCUAUUAAGAAAGGGUAUGGAUGUUAUAAGAAAGGCAGAAGAUGAGGACGAAGAAAACAAAAAUGGAAUUAUGGAAUCGAUUGCUUAUAAAAGAGCAAGGCAGCUUCUACAAGCUUUACCUACUGAUAGAUAGUUUUGAAUUUCAAAAAAUCUUUUUUAUCGAUAAAAUAUUGGAAAAUUCCUUCCUCAAAUUCCUCAUACGUCAACUCUGAGUGAUGGUAUAUGACAAAAUUUCUUUUGACUUCGAAAUUUAAUGUGAGAAAGACCAGCGUUUGAUGUGGAGUGUCAAGUUGAAUUACAUUAAAAGCAGGAAAUUUUUAAAUAUUUUAAUUAGGAUAUUCGGAAGAAAGAGUAAAUAAUAUACUGAUAUAUAUAUAUAUAUAUAUCAAAGUAUGUUGAAUAUUAUUCAAUAUAACAAUUGUAUGUUACAUUAUGUACUGUGUUAUGUAUUUAUGCAUACGCGCGUGUACAAUUUUUUUUACGUUACUGUAGUAAGCGAAUAGGUGAGCACAAAAUAAAUUGUACGGCUAUAUCGCUUUUUCUCGAAAAAGAAAUAAUAGUUUUGCCAUUUUUGAAACACGUUUGGACCGGUUUGAAUUAAUAUCUGACACAUUUCAAAUCAUAUCUAAUGUUAAAUUAAUAAUAUAAUUUUAUUCAAUAAUUUAAAUUUAUCAAAUAAAG